AGCCGCAGUGCAGCACACCUCUAUGUGGGCAGAAUGUGGCUGCAUGUGAACACCAAUUAGAGCGGACCAUUCCCGGGACUGUGGCACCAGGAGCCCUGUCAGUCAGCCGACCUACAAUAGCACGUGCAGCAGCGGUAGCUCCGAAUCCGCCGCGAGGCUUAGCUGAACUCCAGCUGCUGAAUGAGAAUGAGUUUGAAGCUUUUUGCACGAUCAUGGAACAGAGCCUCGGUUCAAUAAUGCAUCCUGAGGUAAACUGUUAACCUGGGUCAGGGCUCUAAAUAAUGCAUUUCCUGUGGACUACAGUUGUAGCAGAAGAGAAUGCUGGAACCUGUAGCAGGAUUGCUGUCUGAGAUGGAAAGAUGUCUCACUAUCAUUUUAUCAAGUGCUGUUGCUUUCAGCUAUGUAAUGUUUUUCGAACCCAUGAAAUGGAAAUUGACCAGUGCUUGCUGGAGUCCCUUCCCCUUGGCCAGCGGCAAAGGCUGGUGAAGCGCAUGCGUUGUGAGCAGAUCAAAGCCUACUAUGAAAGAGAGAAGGCUUUUCAGAAGCAGGAAGGAUUCCUGAAAAAGCUGAAGCAUGGGAAGAAUCAAAAAGUUCACUUUAACCUUGCCGACAUGAUACAGGAUGCAAUUAUCCACCACGAUGACAAAGAAGCGCUCCGGCUCCUGAAGGAGGGCGCGGAUCCGCACACCGCCGUUUCCUCAGGAGGGUCCCUGCUGCAUCUGUGCGCUCGGUAUGAUAAUGCCUUCAUUGCCGAGAUCCUGAUUGACAGGGGGGUCAAUGUCAACCACCAGGAUGAAGACUUUUGGACACCAAUGCACAUCGCCUGUGCUUGUGAUAACCCUGAUAUUGUCCUGCUGCUUGUACUAGCUGGAGCCAACGUCCUUCUCCAGGAUGUUAAUGGAAAUAUCCCAUUGGAUUAUGCUGUAGAGGGGACAGAAUCCAGUUCUAUCCUGUUGACUUAUCUGGAUGAAAAUGGAGUGGAUCUGACCUCACUGCGCCAGAUGAAGCUUCAGAGACCAUUGAGCAUGCUAACGGAUGUCAAGCACUUCUUAUCAGAUGGUGGAAAUGUCGAUGAGAAAAAUGAUGAAGGGGUAACUCUGUUGCAUAUGGCAUGUGCAAGUGGCUACAAGGAGGUGGUGUCUCUUCUCCUGGAACAUGGCGGGGACCUGAAUAUAGCAGAUAAUCAGUACUGGACCCCACUUCACUUGGCAGCAAAGUAUGGCCAGACAAACCUGGUGAAGCUUCUUCUGAUGCAUCAGGCAAAUCCAAACCUUCUGAACUGCAAUGAAGAGAAGCCCUCAGAUAUCGCCGCGUCUGAGUUUAUUGAGGAAAUGCUGUUGAAAGCCGAAGUUGCCUGGGAAGAAAGGGUAAAAGAGCAUUUAUCUGUUCCUGCCUUGGCCUCCGAGGAGCCCUAUGAAGAGAUCCUCCAUGACCUCCCAGCUCUCUCCAGCAAGCUCAGUCCCCUGGUGUUGCCAAUUGCCAAGCAAGACAGUAUGUUGGAGAAAGACAUUAUGUUCAAAGAUGCCACCAAAGGUCUAUGCAAGCGACAGUCUCAAGACAGCAUCCCUGAAAAUGCUACGAUGAACGGCCCCACAAAACCUGAACAGGUCAAGCUGAUGCCUCCCGCUCCCAGUGAUGACCUGGCGACGCUCAGUGAGCUGAAUGACGGCAGCCUGCUUUAUGAAAUUCAGAAGCGCUUUGGGAACAAUCAGAUAUAUACUUUUAUUGGAGACAUCCUCUUGCUUGUUAACCCAUUCAAGGAGCUUCCAAUUUAUUCCACCAUGGUGUCUCAGCUAUACCUCAACAGCACGGGGCAGCCCUGCUCCUCCUCCCUGCCGCCUCACAUCUUCUCCUGCGCCGAGAGAGCCUUUCACCAGCUUUUCCAGGAGCAGCGGCCCCAGUGCUUCAUUCUCAGUGGAGAAAGAGGAUCGGGCAAGUCUGAAGCCAGCAAACAAAUAAUGAGACACCUCAUCUGCAGGUCUGGCUCCAGCAGACCUAUGUUUGAUUCCAAAUUUAAACAUGUCAUGUGCAUCUUGGAAGCCUUUGGACAUGCCAAGACAACGCUUAAUGAUCUGUCCAGUUGCUUCAUAAAGUAUUUUGAACUGCAGUUCUGCGAGAGGAAAAAACACCUAACUGGAGCCAGAGUUUAUACAUAUAUGCUCGAGAAAUCCAGACUUGUUUCACAACCUGUUGGCCAGAGCAAUUUUCUCAUUUUCUACUUGUUGAUGGAUGGGUUAUCUGCUGAAGAAAAAUACGGACUUCAUCUUAAUAAUUUAUGUGCACACCGGUAUUUGAACCAGACCCUACCAGAAGAUGUAUCAACAGCAGAGCAUUCUCUGAACAGGGAAAAAUUCGCUAUUUUGAAACAAGCCCUGAAUGUAAUUGGCUUCAGUCACUUGGAAGUAGAGAAUCUGUUUGUGAUCCUGGCAGCAAUAUUACACAUUGGAGACAUUCGAUUCACUGCUCUGACCGAGGCCAACUCUGCGUUUGUCUCUGACCUCCAGUUUCUGGAACAAGUGGCCGGAUUGCUACAAGUAUCAACCGAUGAGUUGGUGUCUGCUCUAACAACCGAUAUCCAGUAUUUUAAAGGGGACACCAUCAUACGGCGACAUACUGUGGAGAUGGCUGAAUUUUACCGGGAUCUCUUGGCCAAGUCCCUGUUCGGGCGUUUGUUUAGCUUCUUGGUGAAUACCAUGAACUGUUGCCUCCACAGUCAAGAUGAGCACAGCAGCCCACAGACUUUGGAUAUUGGAAUACUGGACAUCUUCGGUUUUGAGGAAUUUCAAAAGAAUGAAUUUGAACAACUUUGUGUCAACAUGACCAAUGAGAAGAUGCACCACUACAUCAAUGAAGUGCUUUUUCUACACGAGCAAACAGAAUGUGUACAAGAGGGAGUUACCAUGGAAACAACUUAUUCUCCUGGUAACCAGACUGGAGUUUUGGAUUUUUUUUUCCAGAAGCCAUCUGGAUUUCUGUCUUUAUUGGAUGAAGAAAGUCAGAUGAUUUGGUCAAUGGAACCAAAUCUUCCCAAAAAGCUACAGAGUCUCCUCGAAGCGUCAAACACAAACGCGGUCUAUUCCCCCAUGAAGGAUGGGAACGGGAACAUGGCACUCAAAGACCAGGGUACGGCGUUCACUACCAUGCACUACGCAGGAAGGGUAAUGUAUGAAAUUGUUGGAGCAAUAGAAAAAAAUAAAGACACCCUCUCACAGAAUCUUCUAUUUGUAAUGAAAACUAGUGAAAAUGUCGUGAUCCAUCAUUUGUUCCAGUCGAAACUAUCACAGACGGGAUCCCUCAUGUCCUCCUAUCCUUCUUUUAAGUUCAGAGGACAGAAAUCAGCCCUGCUCAGUAAGAAAACGGCAGCUUCUUCAGUUAUUGGAGAAAGCAGGAAUUAUCUAGAACUCAGUAAGUUAUUAAAGAAGAAAGGAACUUCUACAUUUCUUCAAAGACUGGAACGGGGAGGUCCAGGCACCAUUGCAUCGCAACUCAGGAAAUCUCUAACGGAUAUUAUUGGAAAACUUCAGAAGCGCACUCCGCACUUUGUUCAUUGCAUCAAGCCCAAUAACUCAAGGCUGCCAGAUACUUUUGAUAAUUUUUAUGUGUCUGCUCAGCUGCAAUAUAUUGGGGUCCUGGACAUGGUGAAGAUCAUCCGAUAUGGAUACCCUGUUCGCCUUUCCUUCUCAGAUUUCCUGUCAAGGUACAAGCCAUUGGCCCAUAUGCUCCCGGGUGAGAAGCAGCUGCUGUCUGCCGGGGAGAAAUGUCGCCUUGUUCUCCAGUGGUGCAAACUGCAAGGCUGGAAGAUGGGAGUCCGAAAAGUGUUUCUAAAAUACUGGCACGCCGACCAGCUCAAUGAUUUGUGCCUGCAGCGGCAGAGAAAAAUUAUAACCUGCCAAAAAGUUGUAAGAGGAUUUCUAGCACGCCAGCACUUGAUUCAGAAAAGGAGCAUCAGACAGCAAGAGGUCACAUCCAUCAACAGCUUCCUGCAGAUUACAGAGGACAUGGGGCUGAAGACCUACGAUGCCCUGGUCAUUCAGAACGCUUCUGACAUUGCCCGUGAAAAUGACCGGCUGCGGAACGAAAUGAAUGCUACUUACCAUAAGGAGAAGGUGGAGGCCAGACACAAGCCAGAGGAGGGAACCAAAAGAGUCGAAGACAAGUGUGGACCCAGGCAUUUCCACUACAGCUCCGUCCCGGUCCCCAUGGCGGUGGAUGGCCUGAUCCAGUCUCUGGCUGGCCCAUCCACCCGGUCUCCUUCUCUGCACUCGGUGUCCAGCCUGGAUGACAGCAGUGGCCUCCCCUCACCACGGAAACAGCCUCCGCCCAAGCCAAAGAGGGACCCCACCACGCGGCUGAGCGCAUCCUAUGAGGCCGUGAGCGCCUGCCUGUGGGCAGUGGCCAGGGAGUCUGCCAGUGAAGUGCUCACCCGGCCCCGACCUCACAGCGACGACUACAGCGCCAUGAAGAAAGUUCCCCCUCGCAAGCCCAAGCGCAGCCCCAACACCAAGCUCAGCGGCUCCUCAGAGGACAUGGCGGGCGGGCGGCGCCGAGGGGGCCCGCAGCGCGCGCCCGGGGUCCCCGCGCCCCCCGCGCGCGCCCCGCCCGAGCCCGAGCCCGAGCCCGUCUACAUCGAGAUGGCGGGCCGCGCCGGCAGCCCCGAGCAGGCCGAGGCCGUGUACGAGGAGAUGAAGUACUUCGUGCCCCCCGAGGCGUCCGCGUCGCCCCCUCUGCUGAGCGACAGUCGGAACCCCGUCACCUGGGAGGACGGCGACGGGGGCGGACCGGCCGCUGGGCCCUGCAAAGACGCGUGCGACAUCCCGGCCCCGUUCCCCAACCUGCUCCCUCACCGUCCGCCGCUCCUGGUGUUCCCCCCGACCCCUGUCACUUGCUCCCCAGCGUCCGACGAGUCGCCCUUGACGCCCCUGGAGGUGAAGAAGCUGCCCGUGCUGGAGACCAACCUCAAGUACCCGGUGCAGGCCGAAGGCUCGAGCCCCCUGUCGCCACAGCACGCCAAGAACCAAAAAGGCGACGGGGACAGGCCCGCGUCCCCCGGCCCGCCCGCAGCGAGCGGGUCCCCUCUUACGCCGCCGCCCCCUCCGGCCCCCCCAGCCCCCCCGGCCCCCCGGCCGCCCACACACUUCGCCUUCCCCCCGGAGCCCGCGGGGAACGCCGGCCGAGCGGCGGUGGCCAGCCCCGACGUGUCCAAAGCGCCCCCGCCGCCCAGCUCGGCGCCCGCGGGGGCCCCGUGCAGCUCUUUCUCCAAGGCCCCCUACUCCCCCGGGAGGGCAGCCAGGGCCGAGCACCGGAAGGCCAGCGCCAGCCCCUCCUCCCCGGGACCCUACAGCCCCCCGAACUGCAGGGCGCUCGGCAGCCCUCUGGACGAGCUAACCAGCCUCUUCAGCUCUGGAAGGAGCGUGCUCCGGAAGUCCGCGGCGGGGCGGAGGAUCAGGGAGCCCGAAGGUUUUGAGACUAACAUGAACCUAACUGGCCGAGAUUAUGCUGGUAGAUCAGAAAUUGCAUCUGAGACUCAAGAUAGAAAUGCAAAUCACCAUGGAAUUCAAUUAUCUAAUUCACUCUCGAGUGCUAUCACUGCUGAAAAUGGGAAUUCCGUCUCAAAUGGUUUACCUGAAGAAGAUGGAUUCUCCAGGUUGUCUGUGAGCAGCUCCACAACCUCCUCAUUUCAGAAACAGAGAGAGAGCCACACCACUCAGGUAAUCCAUCAGCUGCGGCUCUCGGAGAACGAAAGCGCCGCCCUGCAGGAGCUCCUGGACUGGAGGCGGAAGCUGUGCGAGGGGACAGAAGACUGGCAGCGCCUCCUGCAGCCCUCGGAGCCCAGGGCGCCUCCCCCUCCGCCCUGCAAGAAGCCCACCCUGGCGAAGAAGCCCGAGGGGGCGUCCUGUGGCCGGCUGCCCUCCGAGCUGUGGGACUCCGGCACGUGAGGGGCCGCGCGCCGCAGGUGCCCGCGCCACCCCGGCCCGGGCGCUUCCCGCGCGCCCCUGCACCGAGCGGCGCGGGACCGGGCAGAGGGCACCGCGCUCCGCGUGUGCGUGCGUGCGUGUUCUUUCUCACCCGCGGGUGGCGCGCACUCGGCCUCUCGGGCCCCGCGACCCACCCCGCCCCCGGCCGCAGGAGCAGGGCCUGGAGCAGCCGGGCGGGGAGCGGGAGCACCGCCAGCGGAACGCGGCAGGGCAGCGGAGGGGCGCGCGCUGGACCGUGUUUCCGAGCGCGACCACGUGUUCCUUGUUCGCCAGGCGCUCUCCCGGGAUCCACCCUCCGCGACAGACGUUUGAUUUCUUUGUAGGUGGUGUGUUUUGUUGGCAUUACAAACCCGAUCAUUAUUUACCUGUUUCUGACCCUGUUUUAUAACUUUAUGCAAUUGGUGGUGCUCCCUUCAAAACACACAUUUAAAACAAAAAAUUUCUAGACUUUUCUUUCCUCCCACCCCCCUUUUUCCCCCUAAAGGACCUAAGCCCCUCGAGACUGUGUCAUUGCUUUAGCUUCGCCAGUGUCAAGCCUGCGCACACAUGGACUGAGCCCCGGGUUUCCGUUCGGCUGGCUGGGGACGCACGUGCCUCUGCUGACGUGCACGGCCAGCUCCUGGCGGCCACCUCCUCUCCCCGCGUCACUCCCGGCUACGGGAACUCAGUGAGGCGCGUGGGGCUUCACGUUCAUAGCCGGCGGUGUGACAGGGUCACGUCGGAGGUCCGCACAGUCCGAAGGAGCUUGCGGAGACGUGCCGCUCGGGGUGGUGACGCCGCAUCCCAGGGUGGCCGUCCCCUCGGAGCUGCGCUGCAUGGCUCACCUGCUCUGUCUCCUCAGCCCUCCCGUGACACAACCACCCAUUUAUCCGUGUGCUUCUGUGGCAGUCAGGAAGUCCUCAGCGGUGCCACCAGACCAUGGUGUCUUGCUGCUUGGAACUUUGGGUUCAUACCAGCCUCUGAAAAGUCACCAUACCAAUAAAAGGUGCAGCUGCGUUCUCCGGCGGUGGUAUUUAUUUGCGGCUGCUUCUGUCUCCCCGGCCCGACGAGCAGCGGCAGUGAAGCCAUCUUGUCCCCGUGGCCUGCCUUCCUCUGUGCUCGCAGCCCUCUGCAGGCUUCGGGCGCUGGGGGUUUAUUUUAAAAUAAAGGUUUUAUGAUUAUUGCAGGUAUAACUGCAAGCAAACGUCAACAUUAAGAAUAAUAUGUUUGUCACUUAGAAAUAAUCAUAGGCUGCCAGAUCCAGAGACGAUUUCCAUUAAAAAGGUAGUUUCCUAUUGUGCCAGGGGAGAAGCCCUGGCUGGGUCAGCCAGGGGCCCGAGGGGCCAGGGAACCCGCGGGACAAGCCUAGAUUGUGAUGCCCUUGGGAAGGACUGGGGGAGGCAGGGUUUGCAGGCGUAGAAUCGGCAAGUUUGAAUAAUUUCAGGGGCUCCAGGUCAGAGGCUGUCCCCUGGUUGUCUGGUACCUGGCCCUGGGCAGGGGGAUGGGGGUGGGGGGUCAGUGACUAGAGAGCGAGCCGCCCAUGAAGGAGGUGGUUGGGUGUGGGCUUCGGAUUGGUUGGCGAUGUUUACUAUCUGUAGGACUUGACUUAGCGAGGCGGGAGUGGGGUGGUUAAAGCAUCAAAAUACAGAAAAUGAAAAGGCACAGUUAAUACACGGUUAACAGGCAACAUUCCUGAUGCCGUCUAACAGGGAGGCCUUCUGCUCACCUCCAGCAGAGCCCCACACGUCGCCUCUCUCCGCACUCUCCCUAACGCCUGACUUUCUAACCUCAGCCACCAAGUGAUGGAAGAACCAACUUUCCUUGACGUACAUGGCUUCCUUGCCCACGCCUUGCACAUUGUAGCCACCUAAUGAUCCUGGAUCAGAAGUCUGGACUGAUCUCCCCCCACCCCAACACACACAGUGUAUUUAUUUGGACCGGGGUGAAAAGCAAACUGUUCAAGCAUUGCACCUUUUGAGGAUUUGUUUCCAGUGCGCACUGAACACUUGCUGUACCGCUGUGCAGGUGCUUUGCACACAUUAUUCCCAACGCAGACGUCGGCCUCCGUGGUGAUUACCAUCUAUGUACUCAUCCUGGAAUUCAAGCUUUAAGUAGGCUGUCAGAACGUAAACCCUCAUCUUUAUGGUUCCAAAGUCCGUACCACGUUAACUUGAUAUGCAGAAAUGUUCUGCUUAUUAUCUCAAAAUAUAUCUUUAAAAUCUUCAAACUAAAUGACUCCUGGGGGAUACAGUGCCAUGUGAAACUGAGGUAAGACAGGGAAAGCUUAUGUGGAGUAGACCGUCCCCAGCACGCGUGGGUCCCAAUGACACCGCCCUCUGUUUUGUUAACCUGGUCGCAGUUUAGGGCUUGGGUAGGUGCAGGCUGACCUGUCUGUCACUUGCUAGAGGUACCAAGGGCAUCCCGGAGAGUUUAUAUGGGUUGAGUCUAGGAUUCCUUUUGUCUCAUCUAAUGUUUGUUGACCUUCCAGAGGCAGAGAACCAACCCUUUGAAGACGUUCUAGACCACAUUCAGGUGUGUGUUAACCUUACUGUAGAACCCUGUGAUUGUACCUGUUCUGACAUGACCAGACAGGCAGCAGACUCGAAAGCAUGAAUAGCCACAAUAGUAGAAACAGUACUAAGAGUCCUAAAAAUACGAGAUAAAGUCCGAAUCUGUGUGUGUAUUAAAGGUACUCCCGGAAUGGUUCUCUAAUGAUUACAACACUGUCAACAAAAUGAACAGAGGUACCAUUCUGCUUAAUAAAGCACCGAAUGUUAUUCCACAUAAGCAAGAUUUCAACAGUUAUGUGUGUUUGCAAUAUACUUAAUGGUGGUAUUUUAAUUGCUAUCAGACCAUAAGGUAUGAAUUAUGACAUAUUAUUGGGACUGAGACUUUGUUUAGCAAUAUAAUUGGUAUGAAUUAUUACCCUGUGUUCAAACACUGCCCAAUCUUAUUGCUUUUUUAAAAAAUGCUUUAUGAGUGGUCUCUAAAAACUACUAUCAAAAUGUUUAUAGUGGGUUAAAAUGAUUUAAAGUGUAUUUUCUAGAGUGGAAAAAUAUAUUGUUACUAUUCUUAAAUUGUGGUACCUAAUUUAGUAGAAUUAUGCUUACAUAAAUCUACCCAAUAAAAGCAACGACCAAUUAAAAUCUUAGAUUUGUAAAUGAACAUCACAUAUGAACAUUACAUAAGUUGGACACAAACUAUGUUAUGAAUUCCACAGUCUAGGAGGACAGAUAAAUUUCUGUCAAAAUUCUAUUGGCUGUCGAUUUCCAGCAAAAUAUCCAACUCAGCUCCUGUCACAAUAAAGGGCAUAAGGUUAUUUACAUAAUGACAUUCUGCAGUGGGACACAUUUCGCUCUUGGCUAUUACUCUGCGCUGCUAAUUUUUUCCCCCAACUUUUAAAUGUAUAUCUUUAGCUAGAAGUUAAUAGGAUUUAUUUUUAUGUUUAUUCUCAUCAGGAAAUUUUCAACAAAAAACAUUAAAUUAGCUGGAAAAAAAACAACUGUGUUCCGAGUAAAAGUUCAGUGUAAUUUCAUUACAUUUUUCAAAUUGUUUUUAGCGGCACAUAAAAAAGCCAUGUAAUGCAGAUGAAAGCAAUUAUAUUUCUAUUUAUGGUGCAAUGGUAAAUUCAUGGUUUCCCAAAACAGUAGCACUGCUUUCAAAAAACUAAAAAUAUCUUCUCUCCCCCCAUUCUACUUCCUUUACAUCUUAUUCAUAAGCAAUGACUUUAUCAAACAGAUUCUACUACAAUGUUCUCCCCAUGUGAGUUACAAAGAUACUCAUACAGCACAGGGUUGUAACAUGCUGAGUUACAGACAGGAAAGAAUUACCUUUGUAGUCCGUUCACUUUCCCUAAGUACUGCAGACCCCUGGGCGGCUCCAUUAUUGUGGUUCCAGUAAGUUUCUCUAAAAUCCAGCAUGCUUUGUAAAACUUUAAAGAUGAGUUUUUCAAAGGCUAAGUCUUAUUAGCUGCCUAUAAUACAUCUCUAUCACCUGUUCUAAUUUCUCAGAUCACUUUCAGAUUUAAAAAAAAAACCUAUUUAUACCUAAAAUAUUUUUUGUAUGCUUUGACAUUGGCACAGUGUAAUCUGGGUUUAUGUGGUUUACCUGAUCACUACAGUGGCAGAAGAAGACCUUGAUGUCUUCUCAUAGAAAAUAUUAAAGGUGAAUAAAUCUAUGCAUUCAUUUCCAUUGUUGCUUCACAAAAGGAAUGCAUCGAAUGUGUCUUCGCUUUGCUUUGAAUUAGUCAUGGGCUGAUAGCCGGCGUAUCUGCUGGCUUGCCUUGCCCGAUAGCCCCAGGGAACGCGUGAAGCUUCAAAGCAAGGUGCGUGAGCUUGCCCACAUGACAUUUUCCUGAUGUCACCACUUAGCUUCUAAAGUCUAAAGAGAAUGAAAGAGAAUGAAACUAUUGAUAAAUCCCAAGGGGGAGAUCAAAGCUCUAAAGAAAAAUGAAAUAAAACCAAAUUCAAUUUGAGGUUUUGAUCUUUUAAGAUUUCAGCAAACAAAGGGGCUGGAGGUCCAUGAUCUCAAACAAUUGGCUUAAAAGUGUAUGAAUUCUGUCACAUUCUGAAGAAAGGUUUUCUUUACUGGACCUAUUUUUGGGAAUCUGUUCAACUGAAUUUAAUCACACUGGGUCUUGAGUGGUAACAAGAGGAACGGUGGUUCCCAACAGAGUCCCUGUUGUGGUUCAUCAAUAUUACUCUUGAAUAAAGUCACUAAUCUUCAUAUCACAAAAGGAACUUUCUGGCUACCUUGUUCUCUAAGUCCGUUGUACAUUCGUGUGGGUUGUGGGGGAAAUACUUCUCCAGAAAACUUCUCAAUUGGUAAACUGCUG